UCAAUAGGACACUUGGAGACUUGCACAGUGAGUAGCUUGUUACAAAGGAGAAGGAAGAAAGGAAACUGCAAAACCACCAUGGCUGGCAUUUUCAUGUUCCUCCCUGCUUGGUUUUUCUAAAUUAGAAGUUUCUUUUAUUGAUGGUUUGGAGUUCCACUUUUAUAACAGGCUUCUUUCAUUUCCAUACUGUACCGUACCAUUAAGACAUUGGAAUGCAUGGAGUGAGGGGCUGGCUCCCAAAGUGACUUUCGCGUCUGUGUUAGCAAUUCCAGCCAAGUUCCCUUUAAUGUAUAGAGCAGGCUAAGUUGAACUGGAUCUCAGAAUAACACAGAAGUAAAGCGCAGCUGCUGCUUUAAGUGGCACUGUGUGAUAAUCGGACUCGGCUGUUUACUGGGACUCAAGUGCCAGGAUCGGUGAGUGCUCAAGCAUUAUAUGAAAUCUGAAAGCAUGAGGAUAAAAGAGAUUUCUUUACGGCAAGACCCUGAUCUGCGAAAGGAAUUGGCACUGCUUGCUCGAGGAUGUGAUUUUGUUCUACCUUCCAGAUUCAAGAAAAGACUCAAAGCUUUUCAACAGGUCCAGGUUCAGUCAAAGAAAGAAGAACCUUUGACACCAUCUUUGAGCCAAACCAUUCCAACAUUUUAUUUCCCUCGAGGAUGUCCACAAGAAAAAGUGAAUAUUGAUGCUGUCAUUGCAAAAGUAGAGAAAUCUUUCUCUCAGUUUCCAAAUGAGCGAGCGUCAUUAGAAGACAUGGGGAAAGUUGCCAAGGCAUGUGAAUGCCCUCUCUAUUGGAAAGGCCCCCUAUUUUCUUGUGCUGGAGGAGAACGAACAGGAUUUGUAUCAGUUCAUAAAUUUGUUGCAAUGUGGCGAAAGAUACUACAGACUUGUCAUGAUGCUGCUGCGAAGUUUGUUCAUCUUUUAAAGAGUCCUGGAUGUAACUAUUUGGUACAAGAAGACUUCAUUCCACUUUUGCAAGAUAUAGUCAAUAGUCACCCUAGCCUUGUGUUCUUAAAAGAAGCAUCAGAAUUUCAUUCUCGGUACAUUACCACAGUAAUACAGAGGAUAUUUUAUACAGUAAAUAGGUCAUGGUCAGGAAGAAUCACUUGUAAUGAGCUUAGAAAAAGCAGCUUUUUGCAGAAUGUUGCAAUGCUAGAAGAAGAAGUAGAUAUUAACCAGCUGACAGAAUACUUUUCUUACGAGCACUUUUACGUAAUUUACUGCAAAUUUUGGGAGCUGGAUACAGACCACGACCUUUAUAUUGAUGCAAAGGAUUUAGCACGGCAUAAUGAUCACGCCAUAUCUAAUCGUAUGAUAGAGAGGAUUUUCUCAGGAGCUGUAACAAGGGGCAAGAAAGCACAAAAAGAAGGGAAAAUCAGCUAUGCGGAUUUUGUAUGGUUUUUAAUAUCUGAAGAAGAUAAAAAGACAACAACCAGCAUCGAAUACUGGUUUCGUUGCAUGGAUCUUGAUGGGGAUGGUGUACUAUCUAUGUAUGAGCUGCAGUACUUUUAUGAAGAGCAAUGUCAAAAACUGGACAAUAUGGCUAUUGAACCUCUGCCAUUUGAAGACUGUCUUUGUCAGAUGCUUGAUCUUGUGAAACCAGAGUACGAAGGUAAAAUAACUCUUUGCGACUUAAAGAAGUGUAAGAUGGCAAAUGUGUUUUUUGAUACUUUUUUCAACAUUGACAAAUACUUAGACCAUGAGCAGAAGGAUCAGUUUUCUAUAUUGCGGGGUGCUGAAAACGAAAACCAAGAAAUGUCUGAUUGGGAAAAAUAUGCUGCUGAAGAAUAUGAUAUCUUGGUAGCUGAGGAAGCAGCUAGUGACCAGUGGAAUGAUUGUUAUGAAACAGAAUUGAACCCUGGAGACCAUCAGAAGACAAAUGUACUGAAAUAUCAGAUGGAGAAAAGGCCUGUCUUUGACAUGCCUUCCCAUUUGGCUGAUGUUGACUUGGAUGAGUAUGACUAUGACGAAGACUUUGAAUAAGUUUUGCUGCCCAGUUUGAACAAAAAUGAAUAAGGACUGUCCGCAGCAGGUCUGCUGAAUCUGUGUGGAGCUUUGU